ACAACACAUCACACUUCAUAGUGUUCGUCCAACCUUAAGUAUAAUUCCUUCAGGUAGUUGAAAAAUCACAGAAUGUUGAAAAUAUUUGUUUUACUCUGUUCGGUUCUAAUUACCAACGUAUAUGGCCAUGGAAUGAUGUUGGAACCCGUAGGACGCCAAUCUCGCUGGCGAUACGAUUCAACCGCUGUUCCCAAUUAUACAGAUAAUGAGUUAUUCUGUGGUGGUGCAUUCGUUCUCUGGCAAACAUAUGGUGGAAAAUGCGGACUUUGUGGAGAUAGUUAUGGUGCCGCAGCACCGCGCCCACAUGAGCUGGGAGGAACCUAUGGAGCUGGUGUCAUUGUUGGAAAAUAUUCUCCAGGUCAAAAUAUUCCGGUCUCUGCGAAAUUGACCGCCAACCACAAAGGUUAUUUCAAAUUUGAUCUAUGCAAUUUGGAUGUUUUCGGAAAGGAAUCUGAGGAAUGUUUCGCUGCAAAUCAAAUUAAAAUAUCUAACGGAAGCGACCGUUACGAUCUACCAUCCUAUGACCCUCAGACAUUUAACCUUCAAAUUCAAGCCCCAAGGGAUUUGAAAUGUACACACUGCGUUCUUCGCUGGACUUAUGUAGCAGCUAACAACUGGGGUACUUGCGAAGAUGGCACAAGCGCAGCCGGCUGUGGUCCUCAAGAAACUUUCAAAAAUUGCGCGGAUAUAGCUAUUUUGUAGAAAUUAUACUCAAGGGAAUGAAUAUACACUCAAAAUUGAAUUAAAUAUUCUGUUUACAGUA